AACAUCAACGAGGCCGGACACCUGGACACUGUGAAAUAGGCUUAUUCUUGAUAGUGAAUUUUGGAGAGCUAGCUAGAUUGGUUCGAUCUUGAAAAAGGAAAAUACAGUGUCACAUGUCAGUUAACAUUCUGUGUGUGUGUGUGCGUGAAUGUGCAUAUUUGUGUCUUUGUAAGUGUAUUUAGUGGGUGAGGACAGAUAACAGUUGACAGUCCCUGGUUACACCCAUUUCUAAAGCCGGACCUGAAUAUCCGUGGUGUUGGUGGGGUGUGGUUUAAAGCACUCUCUUGCACAUCCCUAUCCAAGUCUGUGCAGUGAUCCAGUUCUUGUUUUCAAAUCCUCCGGGUGGGUGGAUGAGGAGAAUGGGCUAAUCAGGCAGAAAGCAAACCUUAACUCUGGGGAGACCGGCAGCAAGACACGGAAAGCAACAGACUGGAAAAGCAAGCUGGGAAGCAAAGUGGCCAACUUUCUGGUUGGUUGUGAUGAUGAAUGCAAGAUGGAGGUUGAAUUGGGGGAGUUGACAGAUGAGGAGGCAGCAGUCAUCUUGGAUGUUUUGGAAAGAGACAAGGAGUUGCAGAAACAGGAGGAGAGGAGACUAUGCCAACUGGAAAAGACAGAAUGUGACCCACUGCGUCUGCGCCAGCUUUCGGGCACAUGGUUUACUGAGGAGAGGGACAGGAGACACCAGAGAGGUGGAGUCGACAUAGUACAUUCCUCCAUCCGCCAAAAGAGAUGUGUCAAAGACAUUCCUCUGACGACUGUUUUUGAGAAGCAGACAGACAUUGAAUGUAAGCAGACAGCUGAAGAGGAUGACGAUGACCGAGAUGAGAAGGAGGAAGAGGAUCAUGAAAAGGGUUCCCAGACCAGGGUGCCUCCCACACCUCGCCCAAGAAUCAGAACACCUCUGCAGCUCGGUGUCAAUUGUAAAGAUGAGCAUGAAAAGAAUUCAGAAAACAAAGUCUCCACACAUGGUGAUGUGUCUCCAUUAGGAAGAGAUGUGGAGGAGAAAGCUGAGGAGAGUAUCUCUGACCCGACGCCCUCCUCACUGCAGGACACAGACUCUAUCAGCAUUUUGGAACUUGAUCCAAUCAGAAUUGGCUCAACCAGCAGUUUGCAGUACAAUACUACGUGGAAUGGCAGUGUGACAAGUUUGAUGAGUGUUGGGGAAAUUGGGGAUGCGGUUGUGAGUGGACGAAUCCAGUUCUCUCUGCAAUACCACCACCACAAGGAGGAGCUUGUAGUGUAUGUGUAUCGCUGUCAGGAUCUUGCACAAGCCCGCAGAAACCGCACAAACCCGUAUGUAAAGGUCUAUCUACUGCCAGAUAUGUCCAGUCAGAGUAAAAGGAAGACAUCCGUGAAGAAGAAAACGGUCAACCCAAUUUACAAUGAGAUCUUCACAUAUAAGGUGGCUGACAUCAGGGGUCGUGUUUUGUCGCUGUCCGUGUGGCAUACUGAAGCUUUGAGGGCCAAUGUGUUCCUGGGGGCAGUGGAGGCCCAACUAAACCAGUGGGACUGGGACAAGAGCCAACCCUGCUGGCACUCCCUGCAGCCCCGAUUCCUCAUGGAUCCUGCCAUGGGAACUACCACAGGGACCAUACUGCUCUCAAUGAAGUUCGUACCACCUGGCGCCGAAGGCUCUGGCCUGCCCCCUACAGGAGAGUUGCACAUCUGGCUUAGGGAAGCUGCGGUCAUCUCUUCAAAACAGAGAGUUCCCAGCACAUUUGUGAAAAGCUGUGUGUUACCAGAUGAGAACCGGUCUAGUGGCCAGAGGACUCGCGUGGUCAGACGGUCAGCUUCUCCGGUGUUCAACCACACCAUGGUGUACGAUGGCAUCCACGCAUCUGACCUGACACACAUCUGUGUGGAGAUGACUGUGUGGGACAAACACGCACUCGCCGCACAUUGUUUGGGAGGAGUGAGGUUCAGCACAGGCGCAGGUGUCAGCUAUGAUCAGACAGUCCUAUGGAUGGACUCCUCAGAGGAAGAGCAGAAAGUGUGGAUGGCAGUCAUGAACAAUCACAACCGCUGGGUAGAGACUGCUCUCCCACUAAGAACUGAACUACAACCCUACACCUGAAUCUAAUUCUUAGGCUUAAUUCGCUUACUUGCACUUAGAACUUUAAAUGCCAGUGUUAUUUGUACCACUUGUGUGAAGUAUAAGGGGGGGGGGGCAGACAUGUGAAGUUAAAGAAUUUGGUAGGUGAAUAGAGUAAGGUGUCAACCUCUCUUCUGUAACACUGAAAUGCUGUUUCACAAGGAUGCCAGUACAGGAAGUGGGCGCAGAUGCCACUACAGGAAGAAGACCAGGCACUGCCAUAAAGAAUUAGGUGCAGAUAUGUAUGAGUUGCUCGUAUUGCUUUGUAGAAUUAAUCUCUGAAUGAUGUGUGAUUGCUGCUGUACAACUACCGCACAAAGAAUUUGGGGCUCGUUGUCUUCACUCGAUUUUUGCCACACAUGCACAUCGCAUGCACAUGUGCAACCAUACGGUUGAGUCACAAACAUGCACACACACAUGUGCAACCAUACGAUUGAGUCACAAACAUGCACACACACAUGUGCAACCAUAUGGUUGAGUCACAUUAGCACAUAUAUGUGCACGUUGAGUCACAUUAGCACAUAUGUUUGCACAUUAAUGUGACUCAACCGUACCAACCGUAUCUCCUGGAUCAGACUUACUAACUUAACUUCUGGCUAUGUCUUAGUUAUUUGCCCGACAGCUUAGACCUAAGGUGGACGAGUACAAGCUUGCUAAUGCUUAUUUACAAUUAUAAGAAUUAAACAUUUUUAAACAUACCUGCGAAAAAUGCUCACAUGUCAUUUCACAGAUUUUCUUUUUAAUCCUCUCAGCUCUUGUUCCAUUUUGAGGUCAUUUCUGUUAUAGCCAGUAGUUAGUCCAGUGUUACAAUCAGCUAAUGAAGCUUGUCAGGCUCAAUCAACACAAAGCAGGGAGAUGUUGGAGGGGGGCACCACAAUCUUUGAUUUUGUCAUUUUAGGAAAAUAUACUGUGUGCUGUGUAGUUUACUGAUUGAUUGAGUAAAAAGUGAUUAAAAUGAACAAAACUACUGUUAUUGGUUCCCUAAGCACAGAAUGUGAUGUUGUAUGCAUACCACCUCUGUCACGCCACCUUUUCUGGUGUUAUGACACCUAGGAAACCUUGGAUGAAUUGACUGAUUUCAAGGGGCCUGCACUGACAGCACAACAUAAUGACCAAUAUCAUUGGGGGGAGGAGGGUAUAUUAGUUCAGAUGGCCCACAUUUUCUAGCAACUCCCCUGCAUAAAUGUAAUCUGCUUUUUUCAGGAGGGAGGGCAAUGACUUUUAGUUUACAUUUGGAUUUUGUUGGAUUGUUUUGUUUUUGUUUUGUCUCGAUUUAAACCCUGUAUAUUAUC